GCAGGGAGGGAGGAGCGACGCAUAUGACACGACUUGCCUGCAUCUGCCUGAUCGGGCAGCCGUGAGCAGCGCGCCGAACGAGGGCCGACAUCUUUUCUGUUCUUCGCACCGGAGCAGCCGGCCACGGCGUGCAUGCGUGCCACAUCGAUCACGCUCGUUUGGAAAUGCGAAAUGCUUGCGCCCGAUUGUCCCUCCUCGGGCGCGUGAGACACCUGUUCCACGCUGCGACUGUUCCAACUUCGCCGACGCUGUCAUGGCUCCGGCUGUUGCCUGCCGAUUCUAGCGCGGUUUGCGCUUCUUCCAGUGCCGUGACGCCUAUCGAAGCUCCAGUCUAACGGGGCCAGUCCGAGUCGUACAUCCAGUGAUAUCGGCUUCGUUGCGAGUGCUCACCGACCAGCGUACAACGCCGGCGCCUCACAAGUGAACCCAGCGGCUGCGACGCGUACCCUUCGGCUCGCAUAUUUGGCUCUCAGCAUUCGUCAGUUCAGUGGUAGUGAAGUUGUCUCGAAUUUACGACUUCGGGUCAAAGCUCGCGUGUGUGGUUGUGCCUCACUUUCUGUUUGUGUGGUGUUCGUGUCUUUAUUUGUUCUUUGCGCGUGCGUGAUACAGACGGGGCCAGUGAGCGGCCGUCACUUCGCGAGUGCCCGUCGUAGAUACACACGCGUGCGUGUUCCGUGCCGUUGCGAUGGAUACGCCGGACAACAAGCAGCAGGGAGGCAAGCCCGGCUCGGUGACGUCCUCCAUCCAGUCUGCCUUCAAGGUCAUGAUGAACAAGCACAUAUCAUGGCCCUGGUCACCGCGCCUCGUCUACCACGUGAACCCAAGCGACUCCGUGACACUGUGUACGCUGGGCAUCGGCACUGCGUUCGGCGAGUCCGUGCUCGACAACAGCCCCCACAGUGCCACCGUGGUCACCAACGAGUACUGCGAGCUGCUGAGGAUCGAGCAGAGGGACUUUCGAUCCAUCUGGGAGCGGAACAGGCACCUCAUGGAGGACAUCGUGUCUCCGCUGAGCACUCUUCGCACCAUAUCAAGUUCGACGCGGCGGCGAGAGAGCCGGGCGCAGUCGAACGGCACCCUGCGCACCAUCCCGCCUCCUGCGGCGUCGACGGCAAAGCCACCCGCAGCCGAACCAGCACCGCUGCCGUCACGUCAUCCGCCGUCGCCCACCGAGCCGUUCCACACCAAUCGGCUACUCGUGUCGCAGCCGACGGCCCAGGUGCACCGGGCGGGAUGGGUUCUGCGCACGCUGCUGCUGUUCCAGGCGCCCCAGCUGGUGCGCGACCGCAAGUACCACAUGCGCCACUUCAAGCGAUGCAUGGUGGGCACCGAGAUGGUCGACUGGCUGCUCCAGGUGCCGGCCACCCACGUGCGCCUUAACUCGCGCGCACAGGCAGCCGGCAUGUGGCAGGUCCUACUCGAAGAAGGAGCUAUCAACCACGUGACGCGCGAGCACCAGUUCAAGGACAAGUACAUGUUCUACCGGUUUCGCGAGGACGAGGAGGAGCCCACCAAGUUGCCCACGUCCGAAGACCGAGCGCAGGCCGAGGAGGAGCUGCAGGACGUGCUCCUGCUGCUCAUGCAGCUCACGCCGGACGCCGUGCUGCGCAUGAUACUGCGGAAGCCGCCCAUGGAGAGGACCCUCGACGAUCUGGACCUUAUCUACGAAGAGCUGCUUCACAUCAAGGCCCUUUCGCACCUCUCCAACAGCGUCAAGCGCGAACUCUACGGGGUGAUGAUCUUCGAGUCGCACCCUAAAGCCGGAACUAUACUCUUCAACCAAGGUGAUGAGGGCAAGUCGUGGUACAUCAUACUGCGGGGCUCCGUCAACGUUGUAAUCUACGGCAAGGGCGUCGUGUGCACUCUGCACGAGGGAGACGACUUCGGCAAGCUGGCGCUCGUCAACGAUGCACCACGCGCGGCGACCAUAACGACUCGCGAAGACAACUGCCACUUUCUGCGCGUCGACAAGGAAGACUUCAACCGCAUCCUGAGGGACGUGGAAGCGAACACGGUGAGAUUAAAAGAACACGGCCAAGAUGUUCUACUGCUGCAAAAGAUACCAGCUGACGCAAGAAACACUAAUGGGGCGCAUUCGCAUUACAAAUAUAUGGUCAUGGCCGGCACGCCGCAGAAGAUGUUGGAACAUUUAUUAGAAACUCGAAUAGACACAAGAACAGAAGAAUCCUCAGGUAUAUACUUUUUAGAAGAUUUCCUGCUAACUCACGUCAUAUUUAUGCCAAGUCAUCAGCUGUGCCCCGAACUCAUGAAGCACUAUCGAAUCGAUCUUGCGAAUUCGAGGCAGGAAAAAGAGUUCAUUCUCGCUAACAAAAGACGGGUUGUGCAAUUCGCCAACAGCUGGGCGCUCACUGUCCGGGAAGCCUUUUUCGAGGAUCCAGUCAUCCAGGCUUUUGUAGACGAACUCCUAAAGGCGGUCAAAGAGGACAGCACCAAGUACGCAGGCUGCCUGCAGGAGGAGCUCAGGACAAUGACGAGGAUCAUGGACUUGCAGGAAAAAUACGUGAAAGAGCACGAGUGCGCGGCGCCGCAGCGUUGGAAAGUGGGCCCCUUCGGCCACAUCCGUCACCUGUCGUCCGGGAGCACGACGUCUGAGGACACGGUCGACGUGCAUCGGCCCAUCAAGCCCAAUGAUGAGAUAAUCUUUAGGGUAUACUGUGCCGACCACACAUACACCACACUCAAGACUGCGGUGAGUGCAACAGCCGAGUUUAUCAAGAGAAACGCUGCCGAAAAGUUGAGCCUCAAGGAUGACCUGGUGCUGGUUGAAGUGAAAUCUUCAGGAGAACGUAUCGCAUUCAAGGACUCUGAGGUGAGCGUACCGACCGGUCUGAGUAUCAAUGGAAGAGUCUUCAUUUCGCCGGCAGAUCACCUGGAUGCCCUCACGCCUCUGAGCGAACAAGAGGGCCCGGCGGAAGGGACAGGUGCACUUCUGGAGACACUCAGCUCGCACGACAUCGCCUACCACAUGUCCCUCUACGACUGGCAUCUAUUCUCAUGCAUACACGAGUACGAGCUCAUAUACCAGGUGUUCGGAAGGCAUCAAUUCCGGAAAAUUAUGUCGAACCUGGACGUGUUCCAGCGGAGGUUCAACGAGGUUCAGUUCUGGGUCGUCACUGAGAUGUGCCUGGCGAAUACACUCAGCCGGAGAGUUGCACUUCUGCGGAAGUUCAUCAAAAUCGCUUCACACUGCCGUGAGUACCAGAACUUGAACGCGUUCUUCGCCAUCGUCAUGGGAUUGAGCAACGUGGCCGUGAGCCGGCUGAGUCAGACCUGGGAACGACUGCCAGGAAAAGUGAAGCGCACCUUUGCUGAAUUUGAAACGCUCAUCGAUCCAUCGCGAAACCAUCGGCGGUACCGCGUGGCUGUAUCCAAGGUGCAGCCGCCGCUGGUACCCUUCAUGCCACUUCUGCUGAAGGACAUGACCUUCUGCCAUGAAGGCAACAAAACCUACAUCGAUGGGCUCGUCAACUUUGAGAAAAUGCACAUGAUUGGUCAGACACUCCGGUCACUGAGGCACUCAAGAAGCCAAAGACUAAAUUUGGAGCCACCACCACCAGGAAAGGCCCAGCAAGAUGUUCGAGAGUAUAUAAGAACACUCAAGGUGAUCGACAAUCAGAGAAGGCUUACACAACUCUCGCAUGCUUUGGAGCCACGGCGGCCCUGAAGAUGAAGCUGCAGUCUUAAUUUAUUCAGACUUGGCAUGAAAUGCUAGCCAUGAUCUAUGAGACGUCAUUGUUCUCAGCUUCUCUUGGAACUCAUUGUUAACAUUGUAGUUUAGGUGUAAAUGCAAAAACUCUUCACAUGGUGCAUACAGAAUUGUGUUAUAUAUACAAGAUGAGUUAAGAAGGCAGUGAAGACCAAUCGUCCAUUUAGAAAAAAAAAGCCACUUGCCAGCAUAUGGAGAGCUAAAGGUUAAUUGAAAAGGGGCAGGAGGAGGAGAAUGAGUGCAGCUGUCACUACAACCGCUGCUGUCAUGGCUGCAUUACUACUACAUUCAGACUUUUCCUGAUGGUUGUUGCCUCAACACUCUGCUGUUGAAGUCUGUUUAUGGUUAUUUUCCCAAUGCUCAGUGUUCUCCACCAGGUGUGAGGGGAAAUGGCAAAGAUACCGGAAGCUUGUAAAGCUUCUCAAAAUGCAGUUAAGAAGCUUUGUUGAGUUUGAGUAGAUCAGCAAAGUGUGCAUUCGUAAGAAA